GGGCCGCGCCCCUCCCCCUCGGCCCCCCAGCCCGGGGUGGGGCCCGCACCUGGGGCCCCCUGCUCGUUAGCGCACCCGGGCCUCCCGCUUAGGUCCGGAGGGACCUGUCGGGCUCAGAGACGCCUCCUUCUUCCUUGAACCCAUUCAGCGGUCCGGUCCCCAGUCCCAGCCCUCGGCUGAGACUCCCGAGGGAGGCGGGACCCCAGAGUCUGAGGGCGCCCCUCCUGCAGUGGUGACGACAGCGGUCAUUUAUGAAUGUCUCGAGAGGGCAGGCAUGUUUGUGCUUCACUUGUGGUUACCGCAGCCCUCCUGUGAGGUGGUGAAAGCCAUGGUGCCUAUGGUGUCAUUUCACACUUGAGGAAACUGAGGCGCAGCCCCUCCUCAUCCGAGGGCAGGGCUGGAUUGUCUUCAGGCUCUGACUCACCUCUAGGAGCACUCCUAUUGCUCAGAUCAGCCAGACCCCUGCAGCCAGUCCCUGACCCUGCAGUACCUCCCAAGGGAGGCUCCUUCUCUGCUUGUCACUUAUUCCCCAGCACGUCUCUCUCCCAAAAGGGUUGCUUUGGCCCGCUGCACUCCCUCCCCUCCCCUUACCCUGUCAGGAACCCCAGAGUUAAAGCCAAAAGAAAGAAAGAAGAGCAGAAAAGGAAAAGGCUACUGGGAGCAGCUUGAAGGAUGUGGCACCUCGCUGUGGUUUCGGGGUCCAUCCCAGGCUCUUUCUCUGUGGCCCCGGGUGUGCAUGUCGGUCCUCGGCGUGAUUUGAAAGAAGAUAGAGGUUCAGCGAAGCAGAAAGGAGGUCUUGGAAUAUGUGAGGCUGUUCCAGAUGGCAGGGGGCAGAUGGCCUGUCGGAGCCCGAGGGCAUCUCUCUGAAGCGGGUUGCUGUGGUGGAAGAUUUCUUUGACAUCAUCUACUCGAUGCACGUGGAGAGCUCCGCAGAGCCAGGCAAAGCCCCCAAGCACGCUGGGCAGAAGAAAACCUACCGAGCGAUCGCGGAGACCUACGCCUUCCUCCCCAGAGAGGCUGUGACUCGAUUCCUCAUGAGCUGCACGGAAUGUCAGAAGAGGAUGCACUUUAACUCCAGCGGCCCGGAGCCCAAAGAGAAUGAGCCUCCGUCCCCUCUGGUGUCUGGCAUUAUUGACUACAACAUGCCCCUCACCUCUACCUACUUGAAGCAGAUGAAGCUGCGAGUGAUGAACUCUCAGGAGCAGGAUGAAACGUCUGUGAGCAGUGAAGAUUUUGAUAUGAAUGACUCCACAUGGAUGUCAGCUGACCCCCACCUGGCCUCCAGCCUGAGCCCCAGCCAGGAAGAGAGGAUGCGGAGCCCGCAGAACCUCCAUAGCCAAGAGGAUGAUGACUCCUCCUCUGAGAGCGGCAGCGGCAAUGGCUCCUCUACCCUGAAUCCAUCCACUUCGAGCAGCACCCAGGGUGACCCUGCCUUCCCUGAGAUGAAUGGCAAUGGUGCUGCAGCCCCCAUGGACUUCACUGCCACCGCUGAGGACCAGCCGAUCAACUUGUGUGACAAGCUCCCUCCAGGCACAGCACUGGGUACACCGUCCUACCCCUCAGACGGCUGCAGCACUGAUGGGCUUCGGAGCCGCGUCAAGUAUGGGGUGAAGAGCACUCCUGAGUCUCCCCCCUACAGCUCUGGGAGCUAUGACUCCAUCAAGACAGAAGUCAGUGGCUGUCCUGAGGACCUGACAGUGGGCCGGGCCCCCGCAGCAGAUGACGACGACGAUGAUCAUGAUGACCAUGAGGACAAUGACAAGAUGAAUGACUCAGAGGGCAUGGACCCUGAGCGACUCAAGGCCUUCAAUAUGUUUGUGCGGCUGUUUGUGGAUGAGAACCUGGACCGCAUGGUGCCCAUCUCCAAGCAGCCCAAGGAGAAGAUCCAGGCCAUCAUUGAGUCAUGCAGCCGGCAGUUCCCCGAGUUCCAGGAGCGAGCCCGCAAGCGCAUCCGCACAUACCUCAAGUCCUGUCGUCGCAUGAAGAAGAAUGGCAUGGAGAUGACCAGACCCACUCCUCCCCACCUGACCUCAGCCAUGGCAGAAAACAUCCUAGCAGCUGCCUGUGAGAGUGAGACAAGAAAAGCAGCUAAAAGGAUGCGCCUGGAGAUCUACCAGUCCUCACAAGACGAACCUAUAGCCCUGGAUAAGCAGCACUCUCGGGACUCCACAGCCAUCGCCCAUUCCACCUACUCACUGCCAGCCUCUGCCUACUCCCAGGACCCUGUGUACGUCAAUGGUGGCCUCAACUACAGCUACCGUGGUUAUGGGUCCUUGAGCAGCAACCUGCAGCCCUCGGCUUCCCUCCAGACAGGAAAUCACAGUAAUGGGCCCACAGACCUCAGCAUGAAAGGUGGGGCUUCUACCCCGACCCCUCCCACACCCACUCCUUCCAAUAACAGCACCAGCAGGACCAUGCCCACGGCCCAGCUCAGCCCCACAGAGAUCAGCGCUGUGCGGCAGCUCAUUGCUGGCUAUCGAGAGUCUGCAGCCUUCCUGCUGCGUUCUGCGGAUGAACUGGAAAACCUCAUUUUACAGCAGAACUGACCCCACUGGCCCCCAGAGUGCACGACACCAGGGAAGGAGGCUGUCCCAGCCUGGACCCAGCUUCCUGCCUCACCAGUUGGUACAUUGUUUUCUGAAAGAGGUGGGAUCCAAAAGAGCUGUUUCUAGCCACACUCCGAGCAUCUGAGACUUUGGGCACAAGGACACUUUUUUUUUGUUUGUUUGUUUUUUAAUUUCACCACACAGGUGCUCUGACCUGCUUGGAAAGAGGCCAAUGGGGCAGCUCUAAAAGAGAUGGGGCUCCCCUGACAAGGCACAGGGGCUGCAGCUCUAUUAGAAUCACCUUCGUGGACCCUGAUGUUAGAAUCCCAUCCCGAUAAUUACCUUUGAAGUCUUAGGUGAGCAGAAUUGCAUAUUUAUUGAGAAGAGCAAACGUGGACCCUUUCUUCCUCUCCCUAGUAAUUUAUUUUUCUGAAAUGGAUUCUUUUGUGUUUGUACAGAU